AGUUGGCGUUGCUUGGCUGCUGUGGCAUGGCUCUAUUAGUGCUGUGGUCACUCACAUAUUUGAUCACCGCUAUAACGUCCAUGUAGUGUCUUUAAAGUAUUGCCACUUGAAAGCACAAUGUCGUGGUUUAAAUCCCUUUCAUUUAGUGGGGAAGAUGUUUUUGAUGAGAACGCAGACGAGCUCAAUUUGCAGAGCAGAGAGUGGUCCUCGAACAUGAAGAGGCGAGUCCGAGAUGGUUAUGUGGACGGAGUUGAUGCAGGAGAAGAGGCCUCUCUCCAGUCUGGCUUUAACCUGGGCUUCAGAGAAGGAGCAGCUCAGACUGUUGUCGUGGGUCGGCUCAAAGGAAUUGUCACUGCAUUAUGGUGCUGGUUUGAGAGCCAGCAUCCAGAAAAUCCUGCCAAACAAACUGUGUCUGAGCUCCUGCAUGAAGUGACACAACAUGAAGAAUCAAUCCUGGAGGACAUCAAAAGGACUUUAGAAAACCCUCCACCCAGUGUGAGUGACAUCUCUGAGGCCAUGGAGGACCUGGGGACAAUGCCGGCUGGAGGGGGCUGCUGUGGAGAGCAGUGCAAAGAGACGAACUGCUGCAAGGGAGGGGAAAAAAUGCAAACGGACGUCCCACAACAGCCACACAGAUGUCCAGGCUCCUCUGACACUUUAGACCCUGACAAUAAACUUGCAGUGUUGCUUCAGCGAUGUGCGCAAAUCGUGACAGAGCUGGGACUUCCUUCAGAAGUGACUGCCUAUAUAGAGUCACUGUGAUGAAGCUAGCAAA